UGUACUACACUAAGUCAAAGACACAGAGAGAUGGGGAACCGCUGCUCAAUUCCUGAAGGUCCUUCAUUGAGAAUUGUGAUGAUUGGGAAGACUGGAGUUGGGAAGAGUGCGGCCGGUAACACCAUCGUCGGUAAAAAGGUAUUUACGUCUUUAGCGAGUGCGCACUCUGUGACAGUGACCUGCGAGAAAGAACAAGUCAACUGUCGCAGAAUGAUCGACGUGGUUGAUACGCCCGGGAUUUUGGAUACGACUAGAAGUGCAGAGAGCAUAAGGACAGAGAUAGCAAAAUGCAUCCAGGUGUCCUCUCCCGGCCCUCACGCCUUCCUGCUGGUAAUCCAGAUCGGCAGGUUCACCAAAGAAGAAGAAAACUGCGUCGAAGCCCUGGAGAAAAUCUUUGGACCCGAGGCUUCUAAGUACAUGAUCGUACUGUUCACACGUGGAGAUGAGCUGAAGGGCAGAAGCAUUCGGGAGUAUGUGCAAACAGGCCAUCCAAAACUUCGAGAGGUGAUCAACAGGUGCGGUAACCGGUACCACGUCUUUAACAACAAGAUUAGGUGUGACAGAACUCAAGUGGCUGAGCUGAUCAAUAAGAUUGAUGACAUGGUGGCAGCAAAUGGAGGGCAGCACUUCAGUGAAGCAAUGUAUAAAGAGGCAGAGCAGACUCUGCAGCAGAUGAAGGACAGGGUAACAGCAGAGCAGCAGGUUUACAACUUCUCCUUCAUGUCUGACCUGCUGCAGAGGGUCAUUCUGUUUCAGGCCAUACUGGCUGCUGCCGGACUAAACUACGCCAACAACCCAGACUACUCCACUGCCUCCGACUCCAACCUGAGGCCUGAUGUCUGAUGGAAACUGCCUUCAGAUCCUCUGAAGCAGAACAGUUAUGUAGAAAAUGAACUGUUUGUACAAGCAGCCAUGUUUAAUGCAAAAACUGUUUUUCCAGUAAAAGCACCAAACAGUUUGAGGUUUGUGUCCAGAUUUGCUGCUUUUUCUGUGUUUCAUACAUUUGUAACUGAAUAUCUUCUGUCUUUAUAAUAUUUAGGUCAAAUCACAAGAUGGUCCUUGCCCUGACACUUGAUAAACGAAACAACAGUUUCAGAAACAACAAAGACUAUGAGUAAAUCAGUAGUAAGGUGAAGAACAAAACUUUUGAUGUCUGUACUCCAGUUUCGAUUUUAAACAGUGUAGCACAUCCAACAAGAUUUUUUUUAUGUAAAUCUUUUUUAAUGUAAAUUCACAAAAGGGAGAUAUACUGUAUAUGAAUGAGAUGUGACUAUUUGACCACAUUUGCACUUGUACACAUUAAUAUAAUCUCUAUUCAUUGUAUUUUGAAAUAGGGAGCAUCCACACUUUUUUCAUUCUGCAUUGUCCAACAGCUAUUUUAUGUCCAUGACACUAAUUAUUAAACUGUAUGAAGGUGUCCAAAAGUGCAGAACUGGAAUUGUUAUCAAAACAAUAUCUGUAAAUAGAAAUACAGUUAAAGAAAAUGUAAACAAAAAUCACUAAAUAAAAAUCAACUACAGUAAAAAUCA